AUUUUAAUUAAAAUCACCAAACUCCAUAAAAAACAAAAAAAAAAAAGAAAAUUGUUCUCCUCUUCUUCUUCUUCUUCUUCGAUUCUCCUGCAUCAAAUAAUCUGUUCAAAAUCUCCGGCGAUCUUAAAGAAGAAUCCCAUUUUCCUUAGAGGGGAGGAAUCCGACAUUUUCUCAAAAAAUCGAAAGGAAACAGCCAUGGACGAGACCUAUUCCUAUCUAAUCCAAUCCCUGAAGAAACCCUCUUUCACAGAGACAUUCGUCGACAUCUUACUCUGCGCUGUCCCGAUUUGGCUCGCCGUCAUGAUCGGCCUCUUGAUCGGAUGGUCUUGGCGUCCGAGGUGGACCGGCUUGAUCUACCUAGGGUUCCGUUCCAAGCUUCGGUUCCUAUGGACCGCUCCUCCUGGGUUCGGCGCUCGUCGUCUUUGGCUCGCUUUCACCGCUCUCUCCGCUUUCUCCGUUUGCCGCACCGUCUGGUCCAGGCGUGACUCCACGGCUAACAAAUCUGCCAACGGUUCAGCGCCGACACGGCAGGGUCCUGGAGAAGAGAGUCUUCAAAGCGAUGAAACGGGGGCAAGCGAUAACACAACGGUGAGAGAGGAGGAGAUUGUGACAGAGAAUGAUCUGGAGCAUUUGCUGCAGCUGCUUGAAGUUGGAAAUGCGACCAGGGAAUGGCAAUCCAUGAUGGACAAGACUACUCCUAAUAUGAGUUACCAGGCUUGGCGUCACGAGCCUGAGACAGGUCCUGUUAUUUAUCGCAGUCGAAGUGUGUUUGAAGAUGCAACUCCAGAUAUUGUUAGGGAUUUCUUCUGGGAUGAUGAGUUUCGACCUAAAUGGGAUUUUAUGCUUGCCAAGUUCAGAACUUUGGAAGAGGACACUCAGACAGGAACUAUGAUUGUCCAGUGGAGAAAAAAGUUUCCCUUUUUCUGUAGUGACCGAGAGUAUAUCAUUGGCCGGAGAAUAUGGGAGUCUGGAAACAAGUACUACUGUGUUACAAAGGGAGUUCCUUAUCCAGCUUUACCAAAGCGUGAUAAGCCAAGGCGUGUUGAGCUUUAUUUCUCAAGUUGGGUUAUCAGAGCAGUUGAAUCUCGAAAAGGAGAUGGACAGCCAACGGCUUGUGAAGUAUCUCUAGUCCACUACGAAGACAUGGGGAUCCCUAAAGACGUGGCGAAGUUAGGCGUCCGUCAUGGCAUGUGGGGAGCCGUCAAGAAGCUAAACUCCGGUUUACGAGCCUACCAAACCGGUAGAAAGUCAGACUCGAGUCUAUCCCGGAUCGCCCAGAUGGCAAGAAUCACCACAGUGCUUGACAUGGAUUCUGCAGAAACAUCUACAAGUGAUGAAGACAGAAGCAGAGCAAUGGGUUAUGCGAGAAGGCAACGGGACCAUUUGAGGAUGGACUGGAAAUGGGUCGUCGUAGGAGGUGUUGCAUUGGCUUGUGGCCUUCACACUGGGAUCAUUGGUAAAGCGUUACUUGCUGGAGCUGGUCAGAGACUUGCUCGCCGGUGAAUUGUCGUGUUGUUAUUAUUAUUUUUCUAUUGGUCCCUUGACUGAAAAAAGAGAGAGAACGUAUACAUAUAACUGACGGAAAAUUUAUUCUUUCUUGCAACUCUGAUGAGAAGGGCAUGUGGUUUUGAUGGUGAACCAUGUAGAGUAGUAGCUUUAAGCUAUGGAGUGAGAUAUGUAUUUUAUAAAUUAUAUGAAUUUACAUUAGCUUUAGUGUU